AUGAAAUCAAUCAUUUGCGUUGCUCUUUUAUUGAUCGCAGCUGUAUGCUUUGUCAGUGCUGACCAACAUUGUCUUGACAAGCAAUUCACUGCUUCCAUAAUGUUGAUGGAUCCAAAGAAGCACUACGAUGACUUCCACAAAGUCUACUAUGACGCUGCUCUCCAACAACAAAGAAUUGACAUUCACGAACUUGAUCCUCAAGACAAGCACGUUCAAAUCUACUUGAAGCACAAUAUUGGUAAAAUGUAUGUCUAUGAUGAAAGCACCAGAACAUGUACCUCUCAUCCUCUCCAGGGUAAAUUGCCAGCUUUCUGUUUGGCCAACAAUGCUACCAAAGUUGAUCAAAUUACUAUUGGUGGAUCCUUGAAGGCUGACGUGUGGGAAGAAAAGGUCUUUGGAUGGAACACUCGUUUGAUUUUGGCUGCUAAUACUUAUAUUCCAAUCAAUGUCUUGACCAAGGGUGGACAUUUGGAUAAUGCGAUCUUUGAAGAAUGGGUUGAUUUCACUAACAAUGUUCCAAACCCAGCAGUUUUCAACUUGCCAACUCCAUGCUUGAAUAUGCAAGAUAACAAGAGAGGAUUCGAUGAAGUCAAUGGUAAUUUGAUUGAACAAGUCAAUAGACUCAAUGCUCCUUUCUCCAAGAAUCUUUAA